AUGAAUCCUUACAACGCUGCAGUACCUGGGACAAGACUCCGCGCACCAAGGAUGGUGGUAGGCAGCUCAGUACGGCAGCCGCGUAACAUCCAGCCGAUCAUCCCCAGACCUGGACCGGCGCGCGCCAACAUCGCUCAGUCAAAUGCCGUUGCCUUGCGGACGGGCAUCAUGCAGGGCGCAGUAGUAUUUAAGACCAGUGACGGCAAACUCCAGUUUGUCAACGUGCAUCGUAACACCAUGCGACCCUUAUCACCCAGUCCAGUGGCAAGCCGAGGACCAUUUCGGGUGCCUGCCCCACCAGCCCUAGCACCAGCACAACGACCACAGAGGGUGAUGCAACAGAUGCCAGUCCGGUACGCUACCGCAGCCGCAAACAUUACAAAUCGGCCUCCCGGCUUGGCAUUAACACCAGCUGGCAUCGUCUGCGUCUCGCAGGCACAGAUCAUGCCACCGCCGCAGUCCAUGGGCGUCAAAAUAGUUCCUACCGUCGCCGCUGCCACCCAACAGCUGUCCAUUCAGACAAACCCCAUGGCAGUAGGCUCUCAAGAGGCCGCCGCCAACGCGCCACAGAUGUCCUCGGACAUGGCGAAACAGAAGUGUAGGAACUUCUUCUCAACGCUCAUGCGUCUCGCGAGUGACCAGCCUGAGAAUACAGCCAUGAACGUGAAGCGACUGAUUCAGGGACUUGUCGACGACACGAUGCAACCGGAAGAGUUCACCACCAAGUUAGAAAGAGAACUGUGCUCGAACCCUCAACCAUGUCUGAUUCCCUUUUUGCGCAAAAGUCUUCCUUUACUGAGACACGCACUCCUGACCAAUGAACUUUCCAUCGAAGGCAUUCGGCCUCCACCGCGAAGCGCCCUCUGUAUCGCGUCUCCUUCUCCGCCCAUCGUGCAUAGCGUACAAAAGACCCCUGUCGCAAGGUCCGUGUUGUCAGGUGCCGCCGCCGCGCAGCUUCACAUUAUGCCUCAGAGCGCCCUUACCACCGGUCAAAUGGCCACUCCUGUCGAUCUACAGGGCCUGCUCGCCCAGCAACACCGUGUCGCUGCAUCUGUGCGUCCUUCUCCUGCCGGCGGCGGCAUCGCAUCAGGAGGCGGCAAGAGUCUGCUGCUGGCCAGGCCGCCCAACAUUGCUGCCGCUCUUUCGCCGGCCGCUGGUGGUGUAUUACCUUUCAAGGUACCGGCUCCCGUGUCGACGGCGGCGCAGCCGAAGGUUUCUCUGUCUACGUCUACCGGAAGCGUCUGCGCCGGAGGCGCAGGGACGAGCCACGACGAAAAAAAACGACCCGCAGGACCAGCGCUGAUUGACGAAGACAUCAAUGACGUGCCCACUAUGGGAGGAGUCGACGUGGACGAGGAAUGUCAGGCGAAUCUUUCCCCUAGUGACGAUGAUGCGGAGGCCCGCUCUUGCAAGGACGAGAACUUUCUCUUCGCCGACGCGCUGCGCAAGAGGAUCAGUGCCCUGGCCGCGGUCCACGGCAUUGACGAGGUGCCGGACGACGUCGUGGCUUUGGUGUCCCAUGCCACUCAGGAGCGCCUGAAGACAUUCAUCGAGAAGCUGAGCGUGAUCACGGAGCAUCGCCAGGAGAACAUGCGCUGCGACCCGCACCACGAGGUCACCCAGGACGUUCGUCGGCAGCUGCGCUUCUUGGGGGAACUGGAGCGGGCCGAGAAUCGGCGGCACGAGGAAGAUGAGCGUGAGCUUCUGCUUAGAGCAGCGCGUAGCCGAGCGAAGGCUGAAGACCCCGAGCAGCUCGAGCUGAAGCAGCGAGCUCGAGACCUGCAAAAGGCCGAGUUGGAAGAGGCGAGACAACGAGAGGCCAACAUCACGGCGCUCCUUGCCAUUGGGAGCCGGAAGCGACCCGUACCUCUCGUGGCACCGGGAGGAGGGUCUGGAAAACAGCCUUUUCAUGCUCAAAUGUACAGGCCCAGGGUGAAGCGGGUCAGCACGCGGGACGUGUUGUUCCUUAUGGAGCAGGAACGAAGCAAUUUCAGCAGCGAGUUCAUCUAUAAGGCAUACAUGAAGUACUGAAAAGACACCCUCUUGUUCCUAACGAAGCAAGUUGAGCAGUGGGUUCAU